CUACCAAUCAGUCUCCGCGUGGCACAGGAUCAUAAAUACAACCUCUUCCUGGUUGACAAUGCUGCGUAUGGAUGCUAAAUAUAUUGAAUACAAAGCUAUAAAUCAGUAAAAUCGUUUUCUAUAACAUCUGCAGUUGAGCGGAUACUUUCGCGAUGGGUUUACUAACGAUUCUAAAGAAGAUGAAGCAGAAGGAGCGGGAGAUGAGGCUGCUGAUGCUAGGUCUGGAUAACGCGGGGAAGACGACAAUCCUGAAGAAGUUUAAUGGAGAAGACGUGAGCACCAUCUCCCCGACGCUGGGCUUCAACAUCAAAACACUGGAACACAAAGGGUUUAAACUGAAUAUUUGGGAUGUAGGUGGACAAAAAUCGCUGCGCUCCUACUGGAGGAACUACUUUGAGAGCACAGACGGGCUGGUGUGGGUGGUGGACAGCGCAGACAGACUCAGACUGGAGGACUGCAGAAAGGAGCUCAGUUCACUGCUGCUGGAGGAGAGGUUAGCUGGUGCAACGCUGCUAGUGUUUGCCAACAAACAGGAUUUACCAGGAGCCCUGUCGAAAGAGGCGAUACAAGAGGCUCUGGCCCUGGAUGACAUCAAAAGCCAUCACUGGUGCAUCAUUGGUUGCAGUGCAGUAACAGGAAAGAAUUUGUUAGCUGGAGUGGACUGGUUAUUAGAUGAUAUCGCUGCAAGGAUCUUCACCACUGACUGAGAUUGUCCCAGAUUUCUUUAUUAACAGCUGCCUCAUGUUUAAUGGGUGACACGACUCCAGUUUCAUCUGAAUCCAUAGUUCCAGAAAACACACCUGGAUUAUUUUUUUGACAGUUGUGGAUACCACAUUUUUAGUUUAAGAGAUUUAGGGUUUGAAUUUGUCAAAAUGACCAAGUAACAACCUAUUACAAGUUUGUUUACAGCAUGCCAUGAACCUUCUCCCAGUUGCUCUCGUACCUUGCAUUAGUGUUCUAAUACAUUGAAAUGCCUUUUGAAUAAAUAUUGAAAGGAAAUAAAGCUGCUUCUAAAGUAAUUUAUUAAAAGUUUGCAACAAUCCUCAAUAUUUUAAUGGCAACAAAUGAUUUUGUUCACAUCACAAGCACCUGAAGGUCCGACUACACAUGCCUCAAGUGUCCCUUUGUUACUGAACUAAGUGUGAGGUUUGUUUCAAUGCCACUUUUGACAAACAUUUUCCAUUCGUCUGGUGUAAAGUAGGUAGAUUUACUGUACUCAAGUAUAAUUUUGACAUACUUGUAAAUGUUGCUACUUUCUUCCUCACUACAAUUCAUAUGUAAAUAGUGUACCUAACCAGAUUAAUGUGAAAUAACAAAUAUUUUAGUUAAGCCUGGGGUAAAAUGCACAAACUACCCUCUAGUAAAAUUAACACUUAUAAGCAAAACAUGAUCUGAUUGAGAAAUGGGCUAAUCUGCAUAGUGAGUACUUUUGGUACCUUUAGAUGCCAAUACUGUUGUAUUUCAUUUGAGUAACAUUUUAAAUGCAGAGCAUUACAACACUCAAUUACAAGAUCUGAGUACCUUUCCCACCGCUGAUCUGGUGUCAACUAAUGCAAAUAAGCAACAGCGCUUUAAAAUGGCAAAAUAUAUUUGACACUAAAACUGGUUACUUACAUUUUCACAAAAAAAUAAAAAAUGCACUAG